AUCGAUAUAUAUAUAUAGAAAAGAUGCAAAGAGCAAAGGAGAAGAUUGGCAACAUGACGAGCUCUGCCAAGGAGCACGUAGACACUUAUAAAGCCAAAGUCGGAGAAAAGGUAGAGAAAGCUUCAGCGAGAACAGAGGAGGAGAAGAAGAUAGCGGAGGAGCGUAGAAAAGCCAAGGAGGCUGAGGCGAAGAGGGAGUUACAUGUGGCCAAAGCCAGGCAUGCAGAUCAGAAAUUAAGCAGCAAGCAACACCACCACAUCUUACAUCAGGAUCCGCCGCUUGUUGGCACCACCGCCACCACGGCAGCCACCACCACUACCGUUCCUCUUCACGGCCACCACCACCAUGUUGGAACUGCGAACCCCAUGGCCGGCGCUGCUGUACCCACUUAUCCUUUGGGAAGCCACCUACCGGGACAGAAGCAUCUGUAGUUUUUCAUAGCCUCCAUAUAUUUGCUUUUUGUUUUUAUUUUGUCAAGUGUGUAUUGUAACUAAUAAUAAAUGACCCUUUUAUUAUGAUAAGGGCUUUUCUUGUGUACUUAUUCCGUGUGAAGUAAUAUAGUAUGCGUUUUCAGA